ACUACACAUGUAUAGAAAAGAGAACUUGUAAAUAAGUGAGGCGUCAUCAAUGGCCCGGUGUCGGACGUCAGUUUUUCUACUGCUACUAGCACCACUACUUGACUGCUACAUCUACCCGCUACCUAACCUGGUCGAGACAAAACCACCACUAACAAACCCAAAGCCAAAGCCACAGCUACCAAAACUAAACCCACAAACACCAAACCCACACCCACUAAACCCUAAACCACCAAACCAACAGUCACAAACACCAAACCCACACCCACUAAACCCUAAACCACCAAACCCACAGUCACAAACACCAAACCCACACCCACUAAACCCUAAACCACCAAACCCACAGUCACAAACACCAAACCCACACCCACUAAACCCUAAACCACCAAACCAACAGUCACAAACACCAAACCCACACCCACUAAACCCUAAACCACCAAACCCACAGUCACAAACACCAAACCCACACCCACUAAACCCUAAACCACCAAACCAACAGUCACAAACACCAAACCCACACCCACUAAACCCACAACCACCAACGUUAAAUCAACAUAUAUCUAUCACCACGCCAAUAACCAUCACUACAAAACACCCAAUUAACACCAUUAACCCUAACCACACAACCACCAAUACGAAAUUAUCCACUCCUAAGACCACCAUAACACCAGCAACAGCUACAAAACACCCAAUAAACACCACUAACCUAGACCACACAAUUACCCCCACAAAAUUAUCCGUUCCUAAGACAACCAUAACAUCAGCAACAGCUACAAAACAUCAAAUAAACACCACUAACCUAAACCACACAACUACCCCUACAAAAUUAUCCACUCGUAAGACCACCACAACACCAGAAACCAACACAACAACUACAACAACAAUUCCUACUACCACCACAACAUCUGAAACCAUUACAACAACAAUUCCUACUACCACCAUAACACCAGAAACCAUUACAACAACAUUUCCUACUACCACCACAACAUUAGAAACCAUUACAACAACAAUUCCUACUACCACCACAACACCAGAAACCAUUACAACAAACACAACAAUACUAGAAACCAGUACAAAUACUACAAUAACCAUUCCUGAUAUGACAACAGAAAUUCCAACAUCUCCACACACUGCCCAGUGUGGACUCAGUGAUAUAGCUAACCUGACUGCGCAAAUCAACUCUUCCAGUCUUCUGCUUACUACCCGUAUUGUGGGCGGGACGAUAGCUGGAUCGUGCAACACGUAUCCGUGGAUUGUCCGACUUGUGGUGGACGAUGAUGUUUGUGGUGGUCUUAUAAUAGAUGCAACCCACAUUCUCACAUCGGCACAUUGUGCUAGUCAGACGACCAGCAUCCAGGCCACAGUUGGAGAGUACGAUACGUCUGUCGUGGAGGGAACAGAACAAGUCUUUGUUGUCAACAUGGCGACUGGUGUCUCCGUCCAUCCAGCCUUUGACUACAUUGCUAAAACCAAUGCUAUAGCCAUUCUUACUUUGGACACGCCUAUAAACCUAACUAGAACAUGCGCCAAACCCAUUUGUAUGGACCCGACGUAUCAAGUUGUAUCGGGACAGAAAUGUCAAAUAGCUGGCUGGGGUGUUACAGAUGAAAAUGUUUUUCGGCCAUCCACAACACUGCAGACAGCAUCAAUAACAACCUACCAAGGUGAAGAUUGCUACGCCCAAUUUCCUUUAGCUGGCCAGGACUACUUCACUGACCCAACCAGGCAGUUUUGUGCUGGUGAAACCACAGGAGGAGUUGAUGCUUGUUCGGGAGAUUCAGGAGGACCCCUGUUCUGUCUGAACUCUGCGACCAACACUUGGGUGGCUGCUGGGGUCGUCUCCUACGGUGAGGGAUGCGCUAGGGCCAACUACACCGGCGUGUAUACUGACGUCAGCGCCUACUACGACUGGAUCCAACAGCAACUGUAGAGGCAGAC